AUGGGGAGCGACAACGAAGCAGAGAGGUCACAAAAGCAAGAGAAGGAUAGGAAAAAGAUUUUAGCUCUUGCUCCUAUAGCCAAACCCCUUGCUGGCAAGAAGCUUUGCAAGAAAACCCUCAAGCUUGUCCGUAGAGCUGCUGAACACAAAUGCUUGAAGAGAGGAGUGAAAGAGGUGGUUAAAAGUAUCCGGCGCGGUCAUAAAGGAAUUUGCGUUAUAGCUGGGAACAUAUCUCCUAUAGAUGUCAUCACCCAUGUGCCGAUCUUGUGUGAAGAGGCUGACAUUCCUUACAUAUAUGUUCCCUCAAAAGAAGAUCUUGCCAAUGCAGGAGCUACCAAGAGGCCAACAUGUUGUGUUCUGGUGCUAACCAAGCCUCCCAAGGGAGACUUGGCAGAGGAAGAAAAAGAGAAAUUAAAGACAGAUUUUGACCAGGUCGUAGCUGAUGUUUCUGAACUGACCUCAUCUCUUUUCUGA